CCCCCGCGCCCGGGCCGCCCGCGGGCUGCUGCGGCGUCAGACGGGAUCCCGCAGUCGGGCAGGCGAGCGGCAGUCAGUUCGUCUAUCCGUCCGAGCGGCCGUCCGGCAAUCCGUCCCCGCCGCGCCCCAGGGCGAAGCUGGCGUGAGCCCUAUGGGAGCAGCCUUUCGUCCGGUGCACGGGCUCUGGUGGUGUCGGGCAUGAUGCUGUGGGUCCUGGUGGGCGCCCUCCUCCCCGUGGUGCUGUUGGCUGCCCCCCCUCCCAUCAACAAGCUGGCUCUGUUUCCAGACAAGAGCGCCUGGUGCGAAGCCAAGAACAUCACCCAGAUCGUGGGGCACAGCGGCUGCAAAUCCAAAUCCAUCCAGAACAGGGCCUGCCUGGGACAGUGCUUCAGCUACAGUGUCCCCAACACCUUUCCCCAGUCUACAGAGUCCCUGGUACACUGUGACUCCUGCAUGCCCUCUCAGUCCAUGUGGGAAAUUGUGACGCUGGACUGCCCCAGUCAUGAUGAGAUGCCUCGCGUGGACAAGCUGGUGGAGAAGAUUGUCCACUGCAGCUGCCAGGCUUGCGGCAAAGAGGCGAGCCACGAGGAGAUGAGCUUUUUCACGCACGGCAGAGAGGAGCAUCCUGGCUCCCACCCUGGCCGCCAUUCCCUGGAGGUGGAGGAACCCCCUGGUCCCACCCACCCAGGGGAGGAGGGGGCUGAGGAGUGACUUCCUCUUUCCUUUCCCCUCCCCUCCCCCAAGUCCCCUUCCCUUGGAACUGCUUCCCACUUUCCUGUAGGGGAGAGGAGCGGCUGGGCCCCCACCCCCCUCUCUAUGGCCAUUGAAUGGACCUGGACUGCUGCCCGCUUGUCACGGCAAUUAUUGAGCGUAGGGGGAGGCGGGGAUCCAUGCUGCACAUGUUAAUAUAUUCCGAGGAGCUGGGUGGGGGUGGGAGAUGGGAACGUUGGGGCUAAAUGGGGUCCUCGGGGUUCAACUUUUAUUUUUGAAGGUUAUGUUGACUCAGCCCUUCAGUUACCUAGUUCAGGGCUAGAGAAAUAGGAAAUGAAGGUUCCUGGCCGGGAGCUGGACAGAGAUACCGUACCCCUCUCCCAGGGCCUCAGAUGGAGCUGGACGGGGGUCUUGGAUGUGGGCACCUGGUAGUAAGGAGAGGGGAUCCAGUGCCUGGUGGCUGGGCUGGGGAAUGGGGUGCAGCAAUGUGGCAGUGAUUCCGGAGUGGGGAAGCUAGAAAUGGAGAGCUUUCUCCUCUCGUUGGAGAACCUUCCUCCUCCUCCCCAGAGAUCCUCUCCCAGGGCUCCUUACUUCGCUGGGGAGAAGAUCUGAACGUGGGGAGGCACAGCUCCGGGUCUUAGUCUUGGUUUUGCUAUAAAUGCACCACAGAGGGAGCAGAGAGAGGCUUUCUUUGCCAUCUGAAUGAAAGGAGGAAGCUUUGGGGUAACCUUUCUCUGGCUCCUCCGGACACCCCGGCACCAGCUGUGACUCGCUGUCCAAACCCUCUCCAGCUAGAGCCCGGCUAGCCUAGGGAAAGGAGGGCAGGUGUUCCCCCCGAGGUAAAGCAGGGCUUCUUCUCCUGCCCCCUAGAAGUGGGGACCCCAUCCUCGAAACCUUCCAGGAGGAAAGGCGGAGAUCAGAAGGGAAGGAUACCCUGCUCCAGUGGGACGGUGGGUGGAGAAGGAACCACAUUAGCCUCAGUCUGGGUGAACGAGAAGCCUUUGGGGGCAUCCUGGGCUGAGUGGGGCCCAUUGAGAGAAGUACAGUUACCCCUCCUCCCCAAUUCUACUCCUGCUUCUUAACCAACUGCACUUUAAACCUGAGGGAGGAGGUGAAGGACGUGGAAAUCUCAAGAAAGGCUGAUGCUGUUUCCUAAGAAAGUGGGGGGAGUCCAAGUGACCUGCUGCCUGGAAAUGGCCCGGGCUUUCCCAAGGCCUUCCCAGGACUGCCUUUUCCAGGGAAGUGAUUGCCUCCUCCAUCAAAGCACCCAUGAAAGUCCCCUCCCCAACCCUCAUGACUCAUGGAUGGAACUUGUAACCAGUAGCCUGUCUUCCUUCCUUCAAGGUUUUCCUAAAUAAAUAAGUUCAGUGUCCUUGUUGA